AUGGAAGUUGAUCCAAAUACCUGGUUUAUCAAUAUAGAAAGGAUUAAGAAGGCUCAAGAGGAAGCUGCUGCUCUAGAGGCUAGAAAACAACUACAGGAGCCAGAAAUUGAGGCUAAAAAAGCAGCAGCAGCAGCUUUAGCAGCAGGAAGAGGGGUUGCUUUGGAUAGAGGGGUCGAAAAAGGGAGAGGAGGCGAGCUACGCUAUUCUGGCUAUCUUGAGCAAAGUUGUUCAAGUACUCGGUACGGAUCCUCCGUGGUCAAAACCCGACGAAAUGUUAGUGUAUGUAGCGGCGCCCGCCUGGGUGGCGUUGCCCUAACGACCGCCCCGCCCACACGUGAUCGCUUAGCUGUUGGAGCAUUCCCAUCACUAGACAAGGACAAAGAAUUAGAAGGCCUGGAGCAGGAACCAAGUUCAAACCACAUCAUGGAUUCAUCAAGCCACGAGCCUGGUGAAAUGCCCGCUCCUGAGUCUAUACGCGAAUUCACAGCAGCUAGUGAAGGAACCUCAAGCCCCCAGUCUCAAAUGCCUACUCCUAACAUGAGUGGCAUGAUUACAAUGAGUGUAGCAGAUUUGUUGGCCUUUUAUCAACAAAUGACAUGUCAGAACACUCCAAAUAUCAACAAUGAUACACCUGCAGAUGAUUUCAAAUCUCAGAUUUAUGAAUAUCAAAAAGAUGUUCAAAGAGCUAUGAAUACUAAGACUAUUGAUGUCAAAUAUGCAGUGUAUUUGAUAAAAGAACAUCUUAAUGUCAUGAAGGAGCUGACUAUUCUACAUGUCAACAAUGAUUACUUGAUAUUUCAAAGAAGAUUUCACUACUUAGUUGCAUAUCAUAAGAAACUGAUGAAUGACUCAGAGGACUUCUAUCAUGAUCUUUUCUUUAUUGAUUUGAAAGAACAUCAAAAGUCUUUUGUCAAGAUGUGUUUGAAUGAUUUCUACACGACUGGCCAGGAUCUUAUUAAAAAUAUUGACAUUAAUGAUCUCAUGAAGCAGUUAAUGAAUUGUAUGAGCAAGUUCAAUGAAUAUCUCAAAUCUUCAUGA